AUUUGCUUUUCAAGUACCUGCAUUCCCUGCAUUAGUUUUUGUUUUGCGUAGUGUAUAGGUAACCUGUGAUUAUUAAUCGCCAACCCAGAACGCGGAUUAAAUGGGCAACGAAAAGAGUAAUAAACUAGAACUGAAUGAGUUAGUGCAAAACGAAAGGAAUGAUGUGGAUAUCGUGGAAAAAUUAAUGGGUUCUAUGGGGCGCUGGCAAGUUUGUAUUUGUUUUGCAUUAAUGUUAUGCAAAAUUCCUAUUGCAUGGCAUCAGCUAAGCGUUUUAAUAAUAGCUCCACCGAUUGCAUCGUUUUGUAUUGACAAUGUUACGGAUACAUGUUCUCCAAAUUGCUCUGAUAUUGUAUUUGAUAGGUCUCUGUUUACUGAAACCAUACAGUCUCAAUGGAAUUUGGUCUGCAAUAAAUCACAACUACCUCAUGUUUCGCAAACGCUCGUGCUGCUGGGAGUCUUCAUUGGAAACCUUGUAUUUGGGAUGAUAGCAGACAAAUUUGGUCGUCGAAAGCCGCUAAUAGCUGCCGUGGUAAUUCAGUCAGUAGGAAGUAUAGCAGCUGCAUUCGUGCCAUGGUUCUGGAUUUUUUCCAUUUGCAGGUUUAUUGCUGCUUUAGGGACCGGUGGCAUGAUUGUGACCUCAUUUGUUCUACUCAUAGAGAUUAUAGGUUCGAAAUGGAGAACACACAUAGCAAUACUAUUCCAAAUUCCGUUUGACUUAGGACAAGCAUCUUUAGGGUUAAUUGGAUACUUUUUUCGCGAUUGGCAACAAAUACAGCUAGUUAUAUCCAUCCCACCAAUACUGCUGCUAUCAUACUACUGGAUACUUCCUGAGUCUCCUAGAUGGCUGCUUCUCAAUAAAAAAGCUGAAGACGCGAUUCAUGUACUGAGAACAGCAGCUCGUUUUAACAAGGUACAACAACACACAAUAGAAUCAGACGUUGGCGUUACAUUCGGAAACGGAAGAAUGUUAUCGUACAGAAGGGACGAUUUUACGAUAUACUUCGAUCAAGAAUAAUGAGACAAGGACUAUUUGUCUUUGGUGCAAUUGUAUAGCAUCGGAUUCUGCCUCUACGGUAAUUCACAGUAUGUGGGUCACCUUGGAGGUAAUAUGUUUGUUAAUAUCGCACUGUCGGCUAUAAUGCAGAUACCUGGAACCUUGUCAUCAGUAUGGUUCAUUCAACACUUCGGGCUGAGGUACACAUUGAUAGUUGGUAACUUUGCAACGGGUUGCUUAUUUUUUCUUGUUGCUCUUAUCCCACCACAUUACAACUGGGUAAAAGUUGUGUUUGCUAUCAUGGUAAUGUACACAAUGUCGGUGUGCUUUUCAACGCUAUACUUUUCAUCGGGCCAGUUAUUUCCUACAAUUGUAAGAAAUGUGGGGGUUUCUACAUGUUUAAUGACCGGAAGAAUGGGUAUGAUGAUUGCACCGUUCGUUGUUGGUUUAGGCCUGAUUAAGAUUUGGUUUCCUCCAGCAAUUUUCAGUACCGCUGCUUUCAUAGGUGCAGUGUCUGCUUAUCAUUUACCAAAAACUCGUAGUGUAAGCUUACCAGAGACUGUAGAAGAGGUUGAAGGAUUAACGAAUGAGUUAAUAGAACGCAGAGCGUAAGCUGGAUGAAAUUUUAAUUUGCAUUAUACCUUAAGCAUUGUGUAAAUAGCUAUUAUUUGGGGAAUAGCAGGCAAUUACCAUUGUAAUCAUGUAAUCUGUAAAAGUGAUUGGAGUAUUGCUAUGCGCAGCUAAGUUGUAAUUAGCAAAUUGAAUUGAUCAUAAUUUUUGAAGGUAAAGUUAAUUAGAAUUAAUGACCGUUUAAACAUACAUUUUUAUAUUAUGCAAAAAACUCAAUUACCUACCUACAUCAUAAGAGCUUCUACUUGGGAGUUGGUUCGGAUUUGAAAUCAAAAUAAAAUUCCUUGCAGGAAACGUACAGUUAAUUGACAGGAGUAAGAUCCAAACAAGCUGAUAUUUCAUUCAAUUUGUAUUGCAUUUAGCAUAUUGGAAUUGAAACUCGAAUAACUUAAUGUCUCAGGGACUCCUCAACAAUAUAUAUCUAAUAGUUUACAUGUGUAAUACAACAAAACAAAAAUAAAGCAAACAUUAUUUUCUGUACUACCUA